AUGUCAGCUAUGAUGCAGUUUGAGGUAUUGGAUGAGUACCUCUAUGAAGAUCUACGACGUCAGGUGAUCCAUCUGCACCGUGUUCGUAACAGCAGUCUAAUUUCUCAUAUGAGUGCUAGGCGUAAUAUAUUUGAACAUGAUAUGACGAAGAAGUUUGCUGAUAUUGUUAAGAAUAUUGAUAGUUUAGAGAAGAUGCGCUUGACCUACCAAGUGGAGAUCCAUGGCCAAACAGGUCAAAACUCUGAAUGGAAUAGACGCCGUCGGAGCAGCUCUCUUCCUCCAACCCCAGUUCAUGGUAGACAGAAUGAAAAGGAGAAGAUUAUCCAGAUGCUUUUUCGACCUGUCCUGAAUUCCAACGUUGAAGUACUGUCAAUACUGGGGGAGGCUUAUAUUGGGAAGACAACCGUUGCUCAGGUAGUCAUCAAUGACGAGUGUGUAUCAAGCUACUUUGAGCCGAGGCCGUGGGUUCAUGUGUCAAGUGAGUUCAACGUAGAAAGGAUCACUGCAGACAUCGUAGAAUCAAUAGAAGGCCGUUCCUUUUGUUCCAACAACCUGGACAACCUCCAGAGGCAUCUUAAAAAGCUUCUGCGAGAAAGAAGGUUUCUUCUUGUCCUGGAUGACUAUAGGAGGAGUAGCUUUCCUGACUGGGAACUGCUCCAACGUCCAUUUCUGAGUGGCGCUGCAGGAAGCAAGAUCAUAGUGACAACAAGCAGCAGUGCAGUUGCUACAAGUCUUGGUACCUCUGAUUCCUGUUACCAGUUGAAUGGUCUACCACAAGAGGACUGCUGGUCAUUGUUCCGCCAAUAUGCAGGCAUAGAGUUUGAAGCAUCAAAUUUUGGAGAUUUCUUAAACAACAGAUUCAAGGACGAAGUUAUACGGAAGUGCAAGGGUCUACCUUUCAUAGCAGUAAGUUUAGGACACAGACUGCGGCAAGAGAAGGACAGGAGCAAGUGGGAAGCUAUUGUGCGAGAGGAGAACUGGGAUUCCAAUUCCAUUGACUGCAUGAGAUCCCAUGGAAUAGAUUAUGCACAGUUAGAUUCACAUCUUAACCCGUGUUUCGCAUACUGCUCCAUUUUUCCACAAAAUUUUCAGUUUGAGGAGGAAUGGCUUAUCCAGCAUUGGAUGGCUCAGGACUUCAUCCAAUGCCAACCUGACACUACAGAUAUGAUGGCCAUUGGGAACGACUACUUCAGAUCUUUUGUUGAACAGUCAUUUUUCCAGCGAGUGCAUGUUGGCCAUACCAGGGAACGAGACCGUUAUACCAUGUCACAAAAGAUGCAAGAGCUCGCUUUUCAUGUCUCAGCUGGAGGAUGCUACAUCUUGGAUAAGCCUGGCAAUCCUCCAAAUAAGGCCCGGCAUUUAACAGUACAACUAGACAAGCUUGCGAACCAGAAUGUACUGUUUGAUGCAAUCUCCCAAUGCACGUCUUUGCAUACACUUGUAGUUGUUGGUGGCUCGGAGAACUAUCAACUUAGUAUCCCAAAGGACAUACUGGGAAAAACACUUAAAAGGCUUCGAGUUUUAGAUGUCAGCAAUUUUGGCCUAAGUAAGCUACCUAAAUCAAUUGGAGAUCUGAUACACCUUCGAUGUCUUCAGCUCCGAGGCACCAAGAUAAGAAAGCUGCCCAAAUCAAUCUGCUAUCUCUACAACCUUCAAACGCUGGGCCUCAGAAAUUGCUAUCAUCUUGAAAAGUUGCCAACUGAUAUAAAGUGUCUUCGCAAGCUAAGGCAUAUUGACCUACAUCUGGAUAACCCCGAGUCUGGCUCUUCCUGCCAUAUCUGCAGCUUGAAGCAUAUGCCUGAUGGUAUAGGCACACUGAUUGAUCUUCAAACACUUUCAAGGUUCGUGAUAAGCAAGAGCAUCACUCGCCACAGCAACAUUCACGAGCUAUCUGAAUUGAACAAUCUCCGUGGGGAACUUCUGAUUUCAAAUCUGCAUCUUGUUAAGGAUGCACAAGAAGCUGAAAAGGCGGGUUUAGCUUCCAAGCAAUUCCUACAGAAGAUAGAGCUUAAAUGGAGGGGCCACAGCAAACAGGCUGAUCAAAUUGCAGUGAACCUAAAACCAGCUAGCACCAUCACUGAACUUACCAUUUCAGGCUACUGCGGUAUGACAUGUCCUAGCUGGCUCGAUUCUGUAGACUGCAUGCGUGAUCUAGUCACUGUACGGCUUCAUGAUUUUAAGAGCUGCAGUGUUCUUCCUUCCCUGGGACUUCUACCACGGCUUAAAAAUCUCUACCUGACAAGCUGGGAUCAAUUGGCCUCUAUAAACUAUGAUUAUGGGUCUUUUGUCAGUUUCCUAUCUUUGGAGAAGUUUCAUUUGGAGGGGAUGCGCAGCUUGCAGCAAUGGGAUUGGAAUGAUCUAUGUACGUUCGCCCCUCAUCUGAGUGAGCUUGUUGUCAAGAAUUGCCCUCAACUUCGUGAGCUUCCAGGGUGCAUUCAGAACCUCCGAGACUUGGAAGACAUGGAGAUUGUUGGCUGUGGGCAGCUCGCUCGCCUCCCACAUAUGAAUGGCCUUACUUCACUCCAAAGACUACAGAUUUCGGACUGCAAUUCGAUUUGCUCCCUGCCAAGCACUGGCUUGCCUAGGUCACUGCAGGUCUUGAGCAUAAACAAUUGUCAUCAGCUUAGCCAGUCUUGCAAGAAUCUGAGAAGCACCGUCCCUUCAGUGUGGAUCGACGGAAAUCUUAUUUACUAG